AUGGUGCAUUUCUACCAGGCCCUUACGGCAGCGGCAGCAGCAUUCGCGUGCUUCGGAGAGGUCGCCUCUGUCCCGCUUGAGGAGAGGCUGAGAAGCCUGACUCCGAAAGCAAAGAAUGUUCUGAAGCGUGCUACUCCAGUAGCUCCUUAUUUCGUUUUAUACAGUGAUGCAUACGUCUCCACCGAACCAACAGCGUCAGAUAUUUCGGGCUUCAAUGUGUUUGCAUUGUCUUUCCUCGAGGCCUAUGGUGCAGCAGAUCAAGCUCAAGAAUGGGCAGCGCUUACAGCAUCUCAACGUUCUUCGAUUCUUUCCGAGUACAACGCCGCAGGCAUCUCGCUCAUCGUGUCCCUUUUUGGGUCUACUGAGACCCCCACUUCAUCGGGAUACGACCCGAUUGGUACUGCAAAUACCAUGGCAGCUUGGGUUAUUCAAUAUGGCCUCCAGGGCGAUUUCGCCGCAUUCAACGGUGGUACUGGCUCCGCUGAGCAGUGGCUUGGCAAUUUCACCACACAGCUCCGCACACAGCUUCCUCAGGGUCAAUAUAUCUUGACUCACGCUCCUGUUGCACCUUGGUUCACUCCUAAUAGGUGGGGUGGAGGAGGAUACCUCUGGGUAGACUCUAUGGUCGGCAGUAUGAUUGAUUGGUACAACGUACAGUACUACAACCAGGGCACAACGGAGUAUACAACUUGCGAUGGCCUCCUGUAUACUUCUUCGUCUACUUGGCCAGAAUCUGCGCUUUUCCAAAUUGCCAACAGUGGUGUGUCUCUCGACAAGCUUGUGAUUGGAAAGCCUGCGACUUCAGCGCAAGCCAGCAAUGGGUAUAUGGACCCGACUUUGUUGGCAUCCUGCGUUUCUGAGGCCUAUGGUGCUGGAUGGGACGCCGGUGUCAUGGUUUGGGAGUACCCUGACGCUGCUUCCUCAUGGAUCGCGACUGUGCGUGGGAACACCUGGCCGGUAUCCUCGACACCAACGAGCACCAGCACCACAACGACUGCGACGUCGACUGCGACGUCGACUGCGACGACAUCGACAAGCACUAGCACCUCAACACCCGUGACCGGAACCUGUGCAGGUAUUGCUGCAUGGACCACUGGUGUGGCCUACACAGGAGGUGCUGAGGUGACCUACGGUGGGGACCUGUGGACCGCGAAGUGGUGGACGGAGAACGACACCCCUGGAGGUUCCGCGGGUGUCUGGACUAAUGACGGAGCUUGUACUUCCACAGCCACCGCCGCGGCUAAGAUUAGGGCUCUCACGGCCCCCAUCGUCACGCCUGCGCCUGCCUUAUAGAGGCGUUGAUGGGCAAUACCCUGCCCACCUGCUGCUGCAGCGGCUCCGCGAUGUGUAACAUAAUAGAUGAGGAAUGACGACAGCGAUGUAUUAAUAGUGUACUCUUGUUUUGUUUUUACUGGCAAAUUUUGGUGAAGAAAUGUUUCUCGUUAUAACACCCAGUAUACUUAUGAUGAUCAAUUUUCACAAUAUUAUUCGUACCACUUGAUAAAGCC